AUGUGGAGGCGCUUGGUGCUCGCUCCUCAACAGCGCCGCCUUAUCCAUGCGACGCCGUCCCCGUCAGCUGUAGGCCCAGCUUCGCUUGUUGGCAAGCACGCCACCAACGUGGUAGAGAUUGACAAUGCUACCUUCUACAGAUCGCAUCCCUCGGACGGGGACGCAGUCAACACAAAUCCAGCCCUCUUCCCUGGCCUGACCUGGAGUCUACCUGUUACUCCUCGAGAAUGGGGGGGAGUAGAGAACAAUUGGGCAAUACUUUCGCCUUCAUCUCUCGCCAGGACAACCUUCCUCCAGAUCGUAGCUGGCCAGCAUUUAUCUUUUCCACCGACUGCCCGAACCUACCCAUACCUGUCUGAGCUCUCUAAAUCACCGCAACACGCCAUCCAAUAUGUCGGAUUCGAUGCUGACCGUGGCAGCAAUGUUGGGGCAAAUAAUGUCCGUGGCGCGUAUCUAAGCGCUCGCUACGAAAGCCGGCGCGAGGAGACUGACUACAACGUCUACGACUACCUGACUGGCCACACAGAGCUGAAUGCACUGGAGCAUGAGUCUUCUGAAGCUGAGAAGCAGGUGCUCAGUGCAGUGGUAGAGCAGCUUAAUCUGCAAUCACUGCUGCAAAUGCCAGUAGCUAACCUCAGCAAUGGCCAAACACGACGAACCCGCAUCGCCAAAGCGCUCAUGGCGCAACCGGAAGUUCUCCUACUCGACGGACCAUACAUGGGACUCGACCCGUACACCAUGGCAAAGAUGGACUCGGUGCUUCACGCUAUUGCAACAACACAGAGUCCGCGAAUCGUAUUAAGCCUACGACCUGAAGACGGCAUACCCGAGUGGAUUACACAUCUGGUAGUCGCCGACGAGACGACCCAGUCCAGACACGGCUCGAAAAUGGCCCUACUUGCAUCUAAUAAUGUGCAAUCCGGUGAGACUGGUGGCCAUCGUGUACGCAGGGGAAUGGUUCAAUCGAUUUUGUCGGCUGCAGUAUGCGGGCACUACCCAUACGCGGAGCCCAAACUGAGCAAAGAUGGGCACCCGAAGACUUCAUCGGCAUUAGCACCGGGAGAAGCACUGGUAGAGAUGCGCGGCGUGAAGGUGGCCUAUGGCGACAAGGUCGUGCUGGGCGACUGGAGCCAACGUAUCGAUGGCGAAGAGCAGACAGGCCUUUGGUGGAGCUUGCAUCGAGGUCAGCGAUGUGGCAUCUUUGGCCCCAAUGGCAGUGGCAAGACGACUAUGCUUAGCUUGAUCACCUCAGACCAUCCACAAACAUACAGCUUGCCCAUCAAGCUGUUUGGCCGGUCACGCCUACCCGGUCCUGGAGAGGCUGGAAUCAGUCUGUUUGACAUACAACGACGGAUGGGCCACUCGAGUCCGGAGGUUCAUGCUUUCUUUCCUAAGCAGCUUACCGUUCGACGAUCGAUUGAAUCAGCUUGGGCAGAUGCACCGCUAGCCCGCGCCAAGUUGACCGCCGAGGCAGAUCGCCGUGUUGAUGCGAUUUUGCGUUGGUUUGCAAGGGAACUGAACUCGAACCAGGAGGGAGAAACAGCACUCGAAGCCCUAGAGUCGUGCCGCGAGAAAGUACCCAAGGGCUAUAUACGGGUCGCAGAGUCUCAACUAGAAAUUGCGCGCAAGAAAUACGACGACACAAUGUACAUCGACUCAGACCUUACAUGGGCUGAAGAGGCCCGCUUCAGAGACCUGAGCUUCUCAAGCCAGCGCCUUGUGCUGUUCCUGAGAGCUAUCGUCGCCCGGCCAGACCUGGUCAUCUUGGACGAAGCUUUGAGCGGUAUUGACGAAAGAGUCCGCGACAAGGCUCUGCUUUUUCUAUCACACGGAGAGAAGAUUAUGGAUAUGAAAGAUGGAAUCGCUCGAGACAGUGUGCUAAAAAUGCUUGGCGAAGUGCGCUUCGAGGGGCUGUCAGAAGAACAAGCAUUGCUCGUCAUCAGCCAUGCGAAGGAGGAUGUGCCCGGCUGUGUACGAGAAUGGAUAUGUCUUCCAGAGCCUGGUGAAGGAAAGCAGCCAAGAUGUGGCACGCUCGAAGGACCGCUUGAAUGGAAUCGAAAUGGGUGGAAUCAGAUUUGGGGCAAGGAGUAG